AGAGCAAAAUCAUGGAGCCUUCCAAGGUCUUCAUGAGGCAGCCGCCGAACACACCAGGAUACAGCUUUGUGCCGUUCCUGAGAUCCCAGGACACCUCCAGCGAGGACAGAGUGGACCACUGUCUGCAAAGCUCCCAGGAGAGCACGCAGCUAUGCAAAGACCAGCUGGAGGAACUUCGCUGCUCCGUGGCCACUGCUCCGAAGCUGAAACCCAGCUGCUCCGAGGACGCGGUCCUGCGGGAGCUGCAUGAAUAUGCCUGGCGAUACCACCCCCUGACUCUGGAAUGCAAGAGCAUGAAGAAACCUCCUCAGGAGCCCCCAAUCCCUGGCUGGGCGGCCUUUCUGCCCCGAGCCAGGGUCACUGAGCUGGGCUGUGCCACAAGGCACACUGUCAUGGCCGAAAACUGCUCUGAAGACUUCCUGGACAUCAAGGAGCGGGCCAACAGGGCACGUCAGAAACCUUAUGAGGAACUAUAUGGAGGUGGCUCCACGCAACCUCCUGCUGCUUCUCCCAAAAUUUUGCAGCAUGAGGGGCCACUGCCCAAAUACCCAGACUUCUCUAUUUCAGGUGGAAGCUGCUCUGCUCUUGGAAGACCCCUGAGUGAGGACCCCAGAGCUCCAGUGACAUGCGGCUGUGCUCAGACACCAAAUAUGUCGAGCAACAGGAAGAUUUAUCUAGAGCCACUGUCCCCAGCCAAGUAUGCAGAGAGCUAGAAGCCUGCAGCCUUCCCAGGAGAAAGGAAAGGAGGUGGUAUCAAAGCCUGCUGCUCUUAUCUCAGAAGCAGCCUCUUGCCCACACCACAGUGGGCAGCGAGGAGGUUGAGCAGCAAGAACUCUUGACUUCUGUCUGCCUUCUGUUGUCCUGUGGGAAUAAACAGGACCCUUCUCGGAGGGCCAGAGGAUCUUAGGGUUGUCUUUCCCAGGUGUUGCUGACCUUGAGAAGGGCCAGGGAGAGUCAUCUCUUUCUAAUCCCUGAGAUAAACUUCAUAGUUGGGCUGGGCUUAUCUCUGAAGCCCCCAGCCCAGCCCCCUACACAGUCUGUCCUUGUCAGCUAUCCUGUUCCUGGCAUGCUGGCAUGACAUGUCCUCAACAUUGGCAUAGGUGCCAUGUCCACCCUACCCCUGAUUUUUAAGAAUCUCAUUCUCCAGGAGGCUCCAGCUGUCAGAUACCAGUCAUAUGAGUUUUCCAGGCUGCCCUAAUAAAGUACUACAUAAUGAGUGGCUUUGGACAAUAGAAGUUUACUGUCUCACAGGCUAGAAGUCCAAGAUCAAGGUUGUUAGCAGGGUCUCAUCCAUCUGAAAUGUGAAGAGGAGAUGGUAUUCUUUGCUGCUGUCAUGGCUUGUGUUUAGAUGGCCCCCAAAGCCUCAUACUUUUUCUAGGUAGCUGAAUCUAGUGUGUGAUUGAUUCAUGCUGGGGCCUAGCCCAGGGGACUGGGACUAAGGGUACGAGUGCGACCCGCCCUAAGUGGUCCGAAUAAGAUACAAGGGCAGAAAGACGCGGUUAAGGUCCCUUGUUACCUUUGCUACCAUGUGCGUGCCAUGUUGUUUCUUCUCUUCGAAGCCUAUGUGCCAUCUCUGCCUUGGAGGCAGAUUAUGGGCUGAUUUCAGCUGAUUAUGGGCUGAAACAUCUACAAACUGAUCAAAUAAACCCUUCCUCCUUUAACUUUGGAUGUCAGAUAAUUUGUCUCAGCAACAAGAGAAAAGUAACUAACAGCUGCGUAACUGUAAUCUCUGCCCCCCCGAGUUACAUGCUGUAACUUGGGUGUCCGUGCCUUCUCAGAGGUAUCCUCUACGAAGACAGAAGUCAUAUUGGAUUAGGAACCUGCUGUACUCCAAUCUCACCUCAUCUUAACUAAUUCUACCUACAAUAAUCCUAUUUCUAAAUCAGUUGCAUUCUGAAGGGCCAUUUAUAUAUUUGUUAAGUUUAUUGGUACAUUUUAGGUAUACAAUAUGAUAACAUUCAUCACUGGAAUUUGUACCUGUACAUAAUAUGUCUUGGUUCUUAUUUUUCCCCCUUCCCCUGCCCUACAUUUAACCCCUCCACCCUUACCUAUUUACAAAGACUUUGUUUCCAUUUUUUCCUUUUCUCAUAUUUAUCCAUUUCCCUUCUUUCCUUUCCCCACCUCUCCCACUUCCCCUUCCCCUUUGGACCUUUUCUUCCUAUUUCACAUUAUCUAGUAUACAUUUUGAUUGAAGGCCCUUUUUUGAGGGUUACCUUUCAUCCCAUGACACUGACCGCUUGCCGCUUGCCCUAACAGGCACUCUUCUGACUCACAGGGCAGCGUUCAGCACUUGGAAGAAAUCAGAAGGAGCUCUGCAGCUUGGCAUGGGGUGGGUGUGGUCUAAAUACGAAGUGUCUCCCAAAGACGGAGACACUGAGGGCUUAAUCCCUGUUGUUUAGAUCUAAAAUGCCCACCCCCGGAAGUCUCCCGUGUUCAGAGGUGGGGCUUUUGGAAGGUGAUUGGAUCAUGAGGGUUCUGUACUUAUCAGGGGAUUAAUCCAUUGCUUUUGGGCCCACAGCUGCAUAUGGUGUAGAAAGUGGGACCUAGUUGUAAGAGGUGUAUUUUUGUCCUUGGCUCCUCCCCUGUCUUUCUGCUUCCUAAGUGCUAUGGGUUGAACAGCUUUCCAGCAUGCCAUUUCUGCCUCGAAGCCGGCUGCCAUGUGUAGGUUGAACCUUUGAAAACCAGGAGGCAAAAUAAACCUUCCCUUCUGUGUGGGUGUCAAGUAUUUUUGCCCCAGCCACAGAAAAGUGACAAAUACAGUUCUCAAUACAGCCGUGUUCAGAGGCGGAGCCUAGAAAAGUGAUUGAUUGGAUCACAAGGGCUUUAACUUCAUCAGUGAAUUAAUCACCUUUAUGAGAUCAUAAUUUUGAUGACAUUGGCGGUGGAUGAUGGAAACUGGAGGUGGGACUUAGUUUAAGGGAGCCAAUCAUGAGGACAUAACCUAGUCCUUUAUCUGUGAGAUCAAAACCAAACCAGGGCCGAGGAUGUAGCUCAGCAGCACAGCACCUGCCUGGCAAGCAUGAGGUCCUGAGUUCAAUCCCCAUCGGUUCCAAAAACAACAACAACAACAAACCAAACCAACAACAACCACACAGGAGCAGGGAUAACAAAGGAAAUUUAAUUGCUCCAAGCUUCAGUUUUCUAUUAUAAGAUGAUGCUAACACCUUCCUCCUGAGCUUGUUUUAGAGGAUUAAAUGAAAAAAUGCACACAAAGGGCUUAGCAGGACAUUUUGCAAGCAUAAAAUUUGCAGGCCUCCUGUUUCCUGUUGACCACAGCUAACAGCUCCUGGAAAGAAAGACAACAAAGGCAAAAGCUAAAAGGCUCAGUAAAGGAUGAAGACGGGACUUCUUCAUCUCCACACUCUGUUCUCAGGCCUUGCAGCCCAGCCUCCUGUCCCACUCCAUGAGUUAGAAGAGUUCCAGUCUUGGCUUCUUUCUUCCCAGAAGGCCUUUGGGUUCCUUGAGCAAAUUACUUCUCCUGAAAGCAUCCCAGGCUUGCCCUGCUGCCAGGUGAAGGGUGAGCACUGCUAUUGUUGGCGAUGCUGACCCUGAAGGCAGAACCCCCAGCCAUCUGCCCUCUCCUGGGCAGCCUCCUCUUUGCAGCUGAUGGGGUGGGCAGGGUACUUGAGACCCUCUUGGGGCUCCCCAAAGCAGUUCUCCUUUCCAGAAAACCAUGCAUGUUUACAUUCAAAUAGGGUUUGUCUGGAUUCUCCAAAGAGUGGGAGGCAGCAAGCGCCUCACCUCUCCUGAACUGCUUCGGGCACCAUCUGGAAAGGGCCCCAGCCUGAUGUUCUUCAGCUGUCAUUUCUGACAGGCACCAUCCUGAAAGCCACACAAGGGAACCCUCUCUGGGUCUCUCUAGCUUCAAUGGGGCUCUCUGCCUUCCACAAUCUCAGACCCUGUCAGGCUCUGGGCUCUGUUAACAGUGGCCUGAAGCCACUUCCAUUUGCUGAAACUCACUCCCACAUUUUGUGAGCAUUUAAAGUAUUUGUCAGUCUAGCUCACUAAUUGCAUUUCUGAUAAUUUUAUAAUUCCUGUGUACAUUUGUUACAUCUGCAGCUUUGAGAAGUUGGGGUUGUUUUGCUUUCUUGUUCUUUUCCUCAUUUUAUCUAUUUAAGAGCACUGUGAGGACCUUUUUAGCCAAUGUGUCUGAAAACUUCUUCUAUUACAUUGAUUGUCUUGAAAGCAGCAUUUUAUAUGAGUGCUAUCUCAGCUUCCUGCUGUGAAGGUCAUAAAUCACUAAGGCCUUCUUUCUAAGCCAGAGUUGAAAACGUUUUUUAUAAAGGGUCAAAUAAUAAAUACUUUACGCUUUGUGGGUCAUAUGAGCCAUUUUAGUAGAUGUUAAAGUUUAGAUCUAAAAUGGCCCUAAAAGUUUCAUGUGUUUGGAAGGUGACUGGACUCUGGGGUACAAUUCUCAUCAGCGGACUCAUCCACAUUCAUGGUAGCUGAAUGUACCAUGAGGAGGUGGGGCCUGGUUGAAAGUCAGUCACGGGGUAUGUGUUCUGGAGGGGAGUACUUUUGCUUCCUGCUCCUUUUUCUCUCUGUUUCCUGGCUGCCAUGAGUUGAGCACCCUUUCUUUGCCAUGCCCUGUUGCCAUGCUGUUUUUAUUUUUUUAUUUUUUUGGUACCAGGGAUCGAACUCGGGACUUUGUGCUGGUGAGGUGGGUGGCAGAACCACUGAGCUAAAUCCCUGGCCCUUUGACAUGCUGUUUCUACCUUGGAGUCAGUGGACCAGGGACUGAAAUCAUAAGCCAAAAUAAAUCUUUAAAUUGCAGGCAUUGCAUAUUUUUCGGGAAAGUGACUAAUACAGCAGGAAGGCAGCUUGUGACAUUAUAUAAACGACUGAUAGCUGCUAUGUUCAGAUAAAACUUUGUUGAUAAACACUGAAAUUGUAAUUUCAUAUAAUUUUCAUGUAUCAUGAAAUAUUCAUCUUUUGAAUCUUUAAGAAGCCAUUAAAAAAUGUGAGAGUCAUUUUUAGCUGGGAGGGACAUACAAAGAACAGUUGGCCGUAAUUCACCCACCCCUGCCAUUAAACCACCACUCAAGCACGAUGCUAGCCAGAAUCUAGUUGUGAUUAAUUUUGUUUUCAGUGUGGGUCAGGCGUGCAUCCCUUUGAGAAACACCCCCUUGGAGGAUUCCAGAAACAGAGUCUCCUGCAGCCAGAGCAUUGAGAAUACAGCCCAAGCCCACUGCCAAGAGGGAGGGGGCAAAGAAAGAUUUGAAGCUUGCAUUAGCUGGGAGUAAGCCUGCAAUGGCUUCAGAGAAAAGGCAGAAACAAA